AUGAAUAUAUUCCGUUUACUUGCGGACUUGUCCCACCUUUUAGCUAUAAUAAUAUUAUUGCUUAAAAUAUGGAAAACCAGAUCAUGUGCAGGAAUAUCGGGAAAAUCACAAAUACUAUUUUCCAUAGUAUAUACGACGCGGUAUUUGGACUUAGUUACAACAUUUGUAUCCCCAUAUAACACUAUAAUGAAGAUAGUGUUUCUAGCUGCAUCGUACGCGACUGUUUAUUUGAUGUAUGUCAAGUUUAAAGCCACCUACGACCACAACCACGACACAUUUAGGAUUGAAUUCCUUUUAAUUCCAUCUCUGAUUCUGGCCUUACUGAUUAAUCGUGAGUUCACAGUAUUGGAGGUUUUAUGGACAUUCUCUAUUUAUUUGGAAUCAGUUGCAAUUCUUCCACAACUAUUUUUGGUUUCUAAGACUGGAGAAGCUGAGAGUAUCACAUCUCAUUACUUAUUUGCUUUGGGUUCCUACAGAGGUCUUUACCUAUUGAACUGGAUAUACCGCUACAUUGUUGAAAAUCACCAUGAGCCAAUAGCUAUUGUUGCUGGCAUUGUACAGACUGUACUGUACUGUGAUUUCUUCUACCUCUAUAUUACUAAAGUUCUUAAGGGGAAGAAGCUCCAACUGCCAGCU